AGGAAGGGAGACCAUGGGGCGAUUCAUCUUUGUGAGCUUCGGCUUGCUGCUCGUGGCCCUCUCCCUAAAUGGAGCUGGAGCUGAUCAUCACUGUCCCUCCGAUUGGACCUCCUAUAACGAGUUUUGCUACAAGGUCUACAACCGAUCGGUCACCUGGAACGCUGCAGAGAGAUUCUGCAUGCAGCAACAGGAACACAGCCACCUGGCCUCCAUCCAUAGCAAGCCAGAGGCAGAUUUCAUGGCCAACCUGGCCUCCCAUGGGGCCAACCUCCAGUCCAAUGUCUGGAUUGGACUGAAUGAUCCAGAGAAAAAAAACACCUGGCAAUGGAGUGACGGCUCCAAGCUCAACUACAAGUCUUGGAUGCCAGGAGAGCCCAACAACCAUGCAAACAUGGAGUAUUGUGCUGUGUUGUCUGCCUGGUCGCGUUACGUUGGGUGGAACGAUCAGGAUUGUGGGUCCAGGCAUAAUUUUGUCUGCAAGUACCAGCCAAGGAUGGAGGUGUACCCCUCGGAUCUUCCAAACGGAAAGUAAUGAAGUCCUACUUCCUGUUGAAAUCUCCGCUCUGCACCCCUUCGCUUCGUGGUUGAUUUCCAUAGCUUGGAUCAGAGUUUGCUCCUCCUGAUGGGCCAGAAGGUCAAAUAAAUUCUCUCUAGCAUGA